AUGCAUCCUUCAAGACAAGCUUACGUGGAGGAGGUCAAAGAAGACACAGGUAUUGACCUCGCAGAUGUCCCCCUCGACCGCGACUAUGACAUGCCCUCUGCAACCGCUGGUAUUGCCCCCGAGCGAGCCAGUGCGAUCCUCUCUCAAUUUGACCGCAAGCGUCGCGCAGCCGCCAUAGCGGUCCCCACCGACGAUGGACGCGUGCGCGCGCGACUUCGAGAAAUGGGCGAACCUAUCACAUUAUUUGGGGAAGGGCCGGGUGAUAGAAGAGAUCGAUUACGACAGCUGUUGACGAUUGAGAGUGAAAUGAAGGCGGAAGAAAAUCGGGAGGAUGAAGAUGGUGAUGUGGAGAUGGGGGAGGGGGGAAAGGAUGAGGAAGCAGAGGAGGAAUUCUAUACGAGGGGGACGAAGGAAUUACUCGACGCGAGGAUAGAAAUUGCGAAAUUUUCGCUGCCCAGGGCGAAGAAGAGGGUAGAGAUUCAGAAGGUGGAGAAGGAUAUUCCGUUGAGGACUCAUAUUAAGUUUAGACAAGGGGUGAAGGAGAAAUUAAAGGAUUUUGAGUUACAGGGAAGUCAAACGGCUGGGGAGAGGCCAGUCAGUAUUGUGAGAAUUUCGCCGGGUGGGGAAUUGGUCGCUGCAGGCAAUUGGGGAGGCGGAAUCAAGCUGCUUGGAAUACCGGAUUUGGAAGUCAAGAAAUCGCUGAGGGGGCAUACAGAUAGAGUGGGUGGAAUCUCUUGGGCACCGGGUGCCACCAUAGAGGGGUCGAAUGUCUCGCCCGCCAGCGUCAACUUAGCAUCAGGAGGUGCGGAGGGAAAAGUCCAUCUAUGGAAUCUGGAGCAAGAUACGCCAGUUUCGACUCUUGCGGGGCAUAAUCAGAGAGUUUGCCGAGUGGAAUUUCACCCUUCCGGUAAAUACGUUGCAUCUGCAUCCGAGGACACAACAUGGAGACUAUGGGAUGUCGAAACUACUACAGAAUUAUUACUUCAAGAAGGACAUUCGAGGGGUGUAUUCUGUCUCAAUUUCAAUACCGAUGGGUCACUUCUAGCGAGCGCAGGUAUGGAUAGUAUUGGGCGCAUUUGGGAUCUCCGAACAGGCCGCACAGUCAUGAUCUUAGAUGGACAUAUCCGACCCAUCUAUGCCCUCGAUUGGUCUACCGACGGUCAUCGUGUUCUAUCGGGAUCUGGCGACGGCUGGAUCAAAUGCUGGGACGUGAGGAAAGUAGCAUGUACUGGUGGAGUAGGUGCGCAUCGUAGUGUGGUUUCUGAUUUGAGAUGGUUCAAAGGUAUGGAUGCCGAAUCUUUGCCGGAGAAAGAUGAGAAGGGAGUAGGAAAACCAAGGAAAGCAGGAUCAUUCUUUGUCUCGAGUGGAUUCGAUAAGGAUGUUAAUAUCUUUUCGGCGGAUGAUUGGGCGCUGGUACAGAGUUUGAGUGGGCACACGGGUAAUGUGCAUAGUUGUGAUGUAGGAGCAGAUAGCAAAUGGAUCGUUAGUGGCGGGUAUGAUAGAACGGUCAAACUAUGGGGAAGAAAUAACGGAGAGGGCAUUUAA